AUGUCAACUCUUUUGGAGACUAAGCACCUCCUUAGAAAAAUGUUGGAUUGGAAGGCAGCAUUUGGGGCAGUGCUGUUCAUUUCCCCCCUACUCCUGUUUUGUGGAGAGGGCCUAGGUCAGAUUUUCGUUGUGACUAACGCAAUCAAAGUCGGGAGCAGACUGGAAGCACUCGGCAAACCGGCCUCAAUACAGUUUGCAGAGGAGGAAGCAUGGAAAUGCAUUAUAGAUAUCGCAGUAGGCUUGUGGGAAUCAGAAUAUGGGGUGGGGCAAUUCUGUCAGAAUCUUCCUACAACCAUGGACUCCCCCUUGCCAGACCGUGACAUCAAUUUCUUCCCAUGGGCUCUAACAGAAGCCCAGACCUCCAAGCUGAUGAUGUCUCACAAUAUGUGGUUCUCCAACUGGAGGUGGUUGCAGAAGACAGGUUCAAUUUGGCGACAAGUGUGCUGUGUAAAAAGUGAGGACAGCUUAUUUAUGAGUGCACAUAGACGCAGCAGGUCAGUGGAUAGCGUCAAUCCACAGACAUGGAAGGAUCCGUUCUCGCAAUCCUUUAAAAUAGGGGGCAGUGGCGAUGAAAGAGACAGCUUAAUUGUCACCCCUGACAAUAUCUUGGAGCCCUCUCAUCUGGAUAUAUGUGCAAACGGGCACUGGCAAACUAUUGAGGAGCCAUUUGAUGCUGAUGAUUGA